GGGGCAGCAGAGAAUGACAAAUAGCAUCGCAGACAUACGUUAACAUCGCGCGAAUAGCACCCGUUACCCGUAUGGCCUUCCAACAGCUGCUCCGGCCACAGCAUUUAUAAUAUCCUAGGCCGUCACGUCUCUCACUCUCUCUCGCGCGCGCUUCCACUCAGAGACGUAUGGUCAACAGCCAAUCCGCCACCGCACAUGCGCAGAUCCUAUCCUCUGAUUGUCGCCACUCUUACUCUUUUGUACCCCUAUAACGUUGACCAAUUUGCUCCACCCCCCCACCCCCGCGCCCCUUGUCGCUCGCACACUCAGUACGCGUUAUAAGCUACUUCUUUUGUCCUUACAUCACAGCCGCACCGCCACCUUCGUAGCACCGCCUCCGUAGCAGAUCGCGACAUAGGAUCGAAUCCGGGGUCGAACCGGGUUCAAUCUCGAACCGAAAUCACGACUGAAGGCAGGAGCAGGAGAAAGCAUCAAGCCUAGGGUUACUUCCGGUAAGCCUAGGGAUAACUGCGAGGCGUGUUUGUCAGACAGUCUCGAGUGAAGAGUGAAGAAGAAGAGUCCGCGAAGCGUCGUCGGCCAACACGCGGAGCGCGUCGUUCGCGGACGAGCCGCUCUCACGCCCCGCGUGUCCCUGAUUGGCGGGCGAGACACGUUGGCGGCGGCGGCGCCAUGUGGGCGGCGGUGAUCGCGGCGGUGGCGGCGUCGAGCGGCAACAACAUCGGAAAGGUGCUGCAGAAACAGGCCACCCGCAGCCUGCCGCGACUCACACUCGAAUCCAAGGUGGUAUGGACGUACCUGCUGAGCCCGCUGUGGGUGACGGGGCUCAUCAUCGACGUGGGGGGCGGGCUGCUCAUGCUGCAGGCUGUGGCCUCCGCGCCGGUGUCCAUAGUGCAGCCGGUGUCGACCUCAGGCCUGGCGCUGAUGGCGCUCUUCUCGCACGUGUAUUUGCACGAGCCCAUGCGCCUCGCCGACUGGACCGGCAUCCUGCUCUGCAUCCUCGGCACCGUCGCCGUGGGAGUGUCGUCUGAAAAUCCCCUGCCGUCCGCGCCUCCCCCUCAGCUGUCCUUGCGCCACCUCAUGGCUUUUGUCUUCUGGGUUGUGCUGCUCAUGGCAGUGCUCGAGUGGUGUGCCACAUCCAGCAAGGCCAAACGGAAAAUCAAGGACCCUCCUCUCUCCUCUCAGGGCCUCCUGGGAGCGGAUGUGGUGGAGGAGCUCGCAGCAGGCACACAAGCCGGCGCUUUCUUUGGCCUGUCAGCCGCAGCGGUGAAAACGGGCAUGCUGCUGGCAACGGGGGGGCCACCUGUCUUUGCUCUGCUGGGGAUAGCAGUGGGCAUCAGCCUCAGCAGCUUCGGCUUCUUCUGCCAGACGCGGGGUUUCAAGGAGGGGAGGGCAGUAGUAGUGUCCACAUGUGCGGCAGUGUCAGCCAUGCUCACAGCAGUGGCGGCGGGCAUGGCAGGGUUGGGGGAGGACCUGCCCUCCAACCCGCGCCUGCGCAUGUGGCGCUUCCUUGGCUGGUCGCUCAUUCUCUUUGGCAUUGUGCUGCUUGUGGCUGCCAAACCUCCCGACCUAGUGGGCUUAGCCAAGGCCGACGCGGCCCGUCGCAAGCCCCUGCACCCCUCGCCCCGCGCACCCAACCGCUCCACUUCUCCCAGUGGUCUCUCCAUAGGCAUUGCUGCUGGCUUCCCUAGGAAGUAUGAGCCAUAGGGUUAGUGCUUCCUUCUUAUACACCUGAUGAUAUCCAUGAUUUGUUGUAGUAUAUGCGCUGGAUGAAACAUGUUCACUUAUAGCCUUCAUUGUUACCCUGUUGUAUCUAUCUAUGGCCUUGCUUCACUACGAGGUAAGCAUUGCA